UGACAUUCACACCCACAACUCGCGACUGAGAAUCCCCCGGUCUACUACUUCCUCUUCUUAUUCCUGGAUGAUAAAAGUCUCGUGAACCCUCGGACAGUAGCCUUCAUCCUUACCUACUCUCAUGGCUUCCUCUCGCCCGGGCGCGCGAGAAGAAGCGUCCUCUUCAAUCGAGGCGCAGUCGGCAUACAACGACCUCAAGCGCCUGAUACCAUCAUUGGCUGCUGAACUUGAACUCUUACGAACGUCUCUUCGAGAACACAGUCUCUGGCUUCUUCGAUAUGGCCACGGCACCAGCGUACCGGGCAAUCCGCCUGACGGGCGACGGGGCGUGGCUCCAAGCCCACAACCACAAGGCUCAGGACGCAACAUGGUGACGACUGCCAGCCAAGAUGAGGCUGGCGCAGCAGCUUCUCACGAGCAAAGUCCAACAACAGGGCCAUCAUCAUCCUCACCCGGAGGCGCUGCUUCGUCACAGCCGCCACCCUCCUCAGCCCCGUCCGAGCCGCCGCCCGCCUUUUCCGAGUCCGAACCCCCGGCCUAUUCCGCCUCCGACGUCCCGCCGUACACAGGUGGCUUCAGCACCGUCUCGGCAUCGACGCGCGAGGAGGUCCAGGCCCGGCGCGACCAGCUGACCGAGUGGCUGCGCGAGGGUGAGGAUGUCCUGCGGGAGUACAGCGCCCGGUACGCGCAGCUGGCCGAGGAGCUCGGGUUGCCGCAGGAGGACCUGCUGGGCACUUGGCAUGAGGCUCACCCGGACAAUGCCCUCCCUGGGUAUCAGCAGGUCGAGAGGAACGAGGAGCUCAUGGUUGGUGGGGUCGGAGAGGUCCCGCCGCCUUACCUUGGUGGAAGGCCACAGGGGAUUGGAUCCAGAGGAAGAAGUCAGGAGCCUGCUGCUGCGGGUUCAUCGUCCAAGGCCGCGGAAUGA